CAGAAGCUGCUCCACUCGGUAUCCCGAGUUAGCGCGUGCUGCGGGGCUUAAUGUUAUUUUCCCGUUAUUUUUUUGGAGGUUUUUCCGACAGAGACAGCCACCUGCGAGCUGCCUGCACCAACAACAUCAUCACAAGUCAUUAAAAUGAUAUUCCGGUGAAGUUUUGCUAAAUGAGCUGCUCACAAGUUAGCUAACAGUUAGCUAGCUUAGCAGGUGUUCUGCAGCAUGGCUGUGUGAUUUCAACAGGUGUGAAGUUAGCUACAGCGAGCCAAAGUCUGUCUGUCCUGCGGUCUCAUCGGAAACUAACCCGAAGGGAGUUGCAGGUUAAUAUUCUCUGUUGUUUCGGCUAGUUUCGCUGUAGUUAACUGAAAUGUCUGUUCAACUAGCCAACUGUUAGCAACAGUAGCUAAAGUUUGUUACGUGUGUGUGUCAUGCUCCUCUGUCGCGUCUUAUUGAGUCCCAUCAGAGCUACGUGUUCAAGAAGUGUGUGUUUACAAAGAGGUUUUGCUGUUACUGAACUAUUAGUUCGCAAAUCUAACUGUCUUAAGGUCAGCGCACUGAAGCCGUCUGCACACCAGCUCCCACUGAAGGCACAGUCCUGCCUGCAUCAGCUAUCACUGUGUAAUAUGCAGCCAGACACUAUCUCCUACGGCAUAGAGAGCACUGCCAUUGCCUCAGAUAAUGAUGAUGAUGAUGAGGAGGAGGAGGGUGGCGGUGAAGGUGUGGUUGGACAGAGGAGUCAAAAAUAUGAGGAGGAGUUGAAGAAGGUGAUUCCAGGUCAGGAGGAUGCAGUCACCAUGGAGGUCCUGCAAGACACCGAAGCCUCCACAGUGUCAGCUCCAGCAGGAUCGAGUGAAAAGAAGACGAGGAGAAAGAUGAGGAGGGAGAGGAGGAAAUUGAUGAAGAAAGAGCUCAAGUCAGCUGAUCCUUCAGACAAUUUAUUGUCAGAGCUUCCGUUUUCUCUGACCAGCCCCUCCUCAUGGGACGACCUGGGAUUCUGCAGCUCAGAGUCAGCCCAGAAGAAGAGGAAGAGGAAAAGAGGAGACAGUGGAGGGAAGGUGGACAGUGAAGAGGAUGCAGAGAAGAAGAAGAAAAAGAAAGAGAGCAAGCGACCCAACUAUUUUGUCUCCAUCCCCAUCACCAACACACAGAUCAGUUCAGCUGUGACCGAGGUCCAGGAGGUGAUUCUUCAGCAGGAGCCCCGACUAGCCAAAGCCAUGAUCCCGGUCCCAACUCUGCACAUCACGCUGUUAGUCACUCAUCUCGCCAGUCAGGAGCAAGUAGACCUGGCGGCAGCCGUGCUGGCUCAGGUCAAGCCGUCACUGGCUGAACUGCUGGGUGGGCGGGAUCUGGUGCUGCCCUUCUCAGGGAUCGGUCAUUUCAGGAAGGAGGUGGUGUUUGUUGGGCUGGCCCCCGGACAACACAGACACACACUGGACAGUCUGGCAGAGUUGUUGCGGAGUCGUUUUGAGGAGCAGGGUCUUCUGCAAGAAGGCAACCGUGGCUUUGAGCCCCACCUCACCAUUAUGAAGCUGUCCAAAGCAUCAAAGCUACGAUCUCAGGGUAUAAAACGUGUGGACCCAGACCUCUACUCCAACUACACAAACAAGUUUUUCGGAGACCAGGCAGUUGAGCGGGUGGAUCUUUGUUCCAUGUUGAAAAAGAAGCAGCAAGACGGAUAUUACCACACUGAGACUUCACUACACCUCGAUUUGAACCCACUUCAAGCCAAACGCUCAAGUGGACGUCGCCGGUCUGAGCCUGACGAGGCGGAGCUGCUGAGGGUCAGCAGGCGAUUGGUGGAGGAUGCCGUCAAUCGCGCCUUGCAACAGUACAAACAAGAAACACUUCAAAACGGGGGCGGGCCUAACGCCACGGCAAUGCAGCCCCCCGGAAACACUGAGGAAACUGCAACAAAGACAGACACUACAGCUAACUCCACCACAGACAACAGGAAGUGACAUCAUCGGACUGAGGUACAGAGACUGAGAAACCAGCUGCCCAGAAGACAUCAGCCAGGCCUGGCUAACCAGGAGAAGAGUCAGUAAGCCCUGGGCACCAAGCCUGAACCAGCCAACCAGUCAGCCCAGUUCGCUGACGAGCUAACCCAGCUAGCCAACCACAGCGGCUAGCCAGUCAUGCUAGCUCCCUGCCCAACUGACCUAGCUUGACACAGUGCUAUUUAAAUAGAUAAUGUAGCUUGAGUUUAGUGCCACGUGACCGUCCCAGCAGGCCAGCUAGCCUGUCAGUCAACUCACUACAUCUAACAGCAAGGAUAUCGUCCCUCGAUCUGCACUCGGCUGUGGAUCUGCACGUCAAACCCAGAGAACAUGUGAAGCACUCCUCUAGAGACACGCAUGCACAUGUAGGGUUCACUUUGACCUGCCUCUCACUAACUGCCCUUUAGAAUAAGAUAAAACAUGUUUUGUAGAGUUUGGUUUACCAUCACCUGCACUUAAAAUGAGACUCAGUAUCCUCAGUUUCCCUGUGAUGAAAAACUUUCUCCUUCACUUUAUUUGAGGUGAAGAAAAUAUUUUACUUUUCUGUUAGCUCACGUUUCUCUUAAAAAAAAAAAAUCAGUGCUGUCUUCAUCGACGAAAGAUUACUCAUCUGCUCAUCUUCGUGGCUGAAGAGGAUGUUUGAGAAGAGCUGGUUUGACUGUGUUGUGACUGGAUUCAUGAGAUGUCGGACUUCAGUGCAAGUUUUUUGUUGUCGGCCUGUUUCGCAGCGAGUCUGGGUUCAUAGCACUUUCAAUUCAAUUUCAGGAAACUUUAAACGUCCAGCAUUUAAUUACACGUUUUACAUAAGAUGCUUGUCUGCAUACCACACUGCAUUUUUUUGUCUUUAUUCUAAGUUGUUUGUAGAAAGUGAUCUGGCCCCAGCUAUGCUCUAAGUAUUAUAUAUUAGUGUUGUGUUAACUACGUGUGUCCUGCCAGGGCAGCACUGAGACAAUCAUCGAUUUAAGAUCAGUUAUAAGCUCUGAAUUCACACGUUCAGACAAGUGAUACCAGCUUUUAGAAGCCCAAUCUGGACUCCUCUGCUGGGUCCUCAAACACUGUGGAAGCAUUCAGACUGGUAUCCCUCUAUCACAUUAAUUUAUCUCCACUAAUACAAUAACUUUACACUUAAAGGAUGAAUUGGAGAUACUUAAUUGCUCAUGCUAAGGAUGAUAUGACACUCCAACGACGCACUACAUGCUGCCAAGAACGCAUUUUUACUUUAUUAAUGCCAAAACCUCCAUUAAUGACUUGGGUGCUUGUCUCAAUUAAACUAUUGUUAAACUACUAUUUUUAUGUGGCAGGCUCUUAUUAUUAUUACACACAGGCAUUAAGUCCAUAACUCAGCUUCCUGCCUGAUCAUAUAUAACUCUAGUUAUUUUUUCUUCACAUGCUAUAUUGUUGUUGUUUUUUUCUGUGUGAUGAAUUUGAAGCAGCGGCAACACGCUCAGAUGAUUUAUUUGUGUUGAAGCCAUUCAUAAAGUGUUUGGUUCAAGGGUAACUUCAGUAUUUUUCAACCUGGACCCUUUUCUUCUCAUUUUUUAGUGUCUAAUCAACUAAUGGGAGCAACUUGUGCUGACGUAGAGUGCUGCAGCUGGAAGUGGCGAAACAGGCUGCAAUGUAAUUAUUCUACUACUAGUUUACAUCCAGACUCAAUUAUUGUUAGAAGUGUCUGACAACAUUAUGGAAAGGAUCCCUACAGAGAUAGACCUUUUUGUUAAAGAGUAAGAUCUUGUUUGUUUAGCUAGAAGCAGCCCCAACAUCACUUUCACCAAACCCACCAGACUCCAUUUAAAUAAAGAGUCAUUUUAGUGUGUAUAGAGCCAACAAGUUUUCGCAACUAACUCGGUGAAUUCAGACUUUAUUUCAAACAAACCAGAGUUGGGAAGUGUUGGAACAGUGGAAAGACGAACCAAGAUGGGUUUUGUGAGCUGUAUUUUGUUUCUGUUGACUUAAAAUGGAGUAUGUUUUACAAGGGUAAAAUUGCUGUUUAUUUAAAUGGAGUCUGGUGGGUUUGGUGAGAGUGAUUUUGUGGCUGUUUCUGGUUAAAGAAAAAGAAAAUUAGGCUAUGUCCACAAUGAUAAGUUUUAAUUUUAAGACUCCGAGUGUUCAGACGACUGCGGCGUUGAAUCGCAGAGCUUGAAAAUGUGACUGACCCUGUUGUAAUUUGAAAAAUUGCGUUUUAGUCUGGACAGGUGGAACAAUGACGCAGACACCUACGUUCGCUUCCCAACUGGGUCUUAUCAGUCACAAUGUGUCAAGCCAAAACAUUAUUGUUAAGUCUACAUACCUUUUGUGUUUUCAUCCAUCUUAUGUAGGUACACCUUUCCAAUUGCCAUAACUUAAGCUCCAGGUAUGGCUUUGAUAUGAAACAGUAUUUGCUUUUGUAAGAACUCCCACUCUGUUUUCUGCCAACUUGACCGCCUUGUACUCGUGUUACUUUCAGUAGUAGUUCCACCUUGUUGUCAGUCCAAGCAAAGAAAUCCUUGGUCGUACUUUUUUUUUUUUUUUUACCAUCGCCAUAGUAUUUUCUAUGCCUUUUUUUAGGUGUUAGUAUUGGAUGGCAAUUAUAUCUGAAACAAUGCUACUUCGAUCGUUUGUACAGGGAUUGUUUUUAUUUAAAAACACUUUUAAAAUGAAAAUAUAUUAGUGUGGAUGGAGCCUUAUGGUUUAACAAAAUGAUCUAUCUCUGUAGGGAUCCUUUCCAUAAUGUUGUCAGACACUUUGGAUAAUAAUAUGAGCCUGUCAGCACCAGGUUGAAAAAUACCAAAGUUCCUCUUUAAAGUCUGUAACACAGACUGAAGCCUGGCUGUUUGAGGCUCACUGUUCAUUGGGAGUAUUUAUGCUGAUCUGAGGAGCUUUUAUUCUGUAGUACUGUACAUGAAGGAGCAGUCACAGCCUGGCAAGUUCUUCAGAAGGUGAUGCUGAUGUCGGGGAGAUUAACUCAGACAAUCGCUGCUGUCAGCUGAAAACCCUCCGGCUCUUGAUUUCAGUGUCUUCCAUCCAUUUUUUGUGUGUGUGUGUGUGUGUUAAACUUGAAAAUAGAAUUGGCCUUUUUCAUGUUCUGCAUUUGACCUCACAGCUCAUAAAAUCCAUACAGAAUCACACAGGCGCGUGUGAAAUUACGGGGGAUUGUCUGAUUUUUCUUUUCUUCAUUUAAGCUUAUCUUCCUGGAGAUGAGGUUUUCGACUGACAGCAAGAUGAUGAUGCUGAUACAGCUUUUACUCUCUGACAUUAUUUUAUCCGUUCUAACUAUUAUUUAUAAUGCUUUGCUGUUCCUGUCAGAAAAAUGAAUUUCAUGUGAAAUUUGUGUAAUUUGAAAUGAGAAAAAAAGCACAAAAUGAUGAAUUUGUUUUUUUUUUUUUUUUUUUAAUUGUCUUUGAUUUCACUUGUUAAAAAGCAGGUAAAUAUAAACAUGCUGUUAAAUGAAAUCACCUCUGUUCAAAGUGGCCUUAAGUCACUGAAACAAGUAGGUUGUUCUGUAAGUGCUUAAGGUGACAAUGCAUAGGUUACAUUCUUAGCCAGUGUGGGGUGAUGAUGGCUCGUUCUGCUGUGAGAUCUGCCAAAGUCUCUUAAAUGUAAACCUGUGGCUUAAGAGUCGGAUUCUUGAGUUAAAUGUAAAAAGAAAAAUCGUCCACCAUGGAGCAGAAUUCAUGUCAUUACUGUUAUAAGAUAUAUCGAUUUCCGUCAACCGUUUUAUUUCCCUGUAGUGCGAACAGGUGCGAGCUGGAAAAUGUGCUCUCAUCCCUGUGAAAUCCACUUAAGUCCUGUCACUGCGGGCUCAUUCAAACGUCAAUAACAAGGUGAAUUCUGUCUUAAGGUGGACUUUGAACGCUUUCGUUUUGAUCUUUUAUUGUCACCGGAUCCUUAAUCUCCUUAAAAUCCCCUUUAAUACACAAUUUGUCCUGUUGGCCUGUAUGGUUAGUCUGUUCAUCUGUCUCUCAGAGUGUGUGUGUGUGUGUGUGUGUGUGUGUGUUUCUGUCUGUGAAUGUAGGAUGUUUGAUCAGUGGUUCCCCUGAGAAAUUCUUGUCUCUAUCAAUCAUGACAACUCGGAGCUGUGUGUGCGUGUGCGAAUGUCUGUACAAAUUUGUCUUCUCUGUUUGUCUUCCCAUGUGUCCGUGUGUACGUUUGAGCGUGUGGGUGUGUUGGUUGUACUGUAUUGUAUAUCUUGUUCUGCCAUAUUUGAACAAUAAAACAGGAUAUGAAAUUCAAAA